CUUAAUACAUCCAUGCUGUGUUGCUUUGGUAUCGCUGGGGUGUUAGCUUGGUGUGAAGAGCAGUCUUGGCUGUCUGCUUACUACAACUGCUGUUGGGUUUCAGAAACAGUGAAAAGGUUUCACCACCUUUGUGGAAGCAGGAUUUCACAGUAUGGCGUUAAACCUCACCAUCAACACAAGCAACCCUCCUCUAGGAGCGCUUCUGACAGCAGAGCAUGUGAAGGACAGUGUGCAGGUAUCAGUGGAGGAAGGCAAAGACACCCAGCUUCACGUCUCAGAUGCAAUCCAGUUCAAUGAUGUCAACUCCAUCAGUCGGUACUUGGCCCGGGUGGCUCCCGCUCUGGGCCUCUAUGGAGCCAACCUGAUGGAGCAGACUGAGGUCGACCACUGGUUGGAGUUCAGUGCUCGGCAUCUGUGUGGUCAGCCUGCUUUGAGCGUAGCUCUGGGUGACUUGGAUAAGGCCCUUUCCCUGCGGACCUUCCUGGUUGGACAUGCCCUCACCCUGGCUGACCUCUCUGUCUGGGCUGCCCUCAAAGGUCAUAGGGAAUGGCCAAGCCAGGGCAGAGCCUUCUCCCAUGUCAAUCGCUGGUUCUCUUUCCUGAGCUCGCAGGUUCCCUUCACUGCUGUGGGCAACAAGUAUGCCAGUAAGAAUGCUCCAAUAAGCAAAUCCAACUCGGAUGAGAAGAAGCAAGAUGUUGGCAAGUUUGUGGAGUUGCCAGGAGCGGAGAUGGGCAAGGUGGUGGUUCGAUUCCCUCCUGAGGCCAGCGGAUACCUGCAUAUCGGCCAUGCCAAGGCUGCUCUGCUCAACCAGCACUACCAGGUCACAUUUAAAGGCAAACUCAUCAUGCGCUUCGACGACACCAACCCUGAGAAGGAAAAGGAGGACUUUGAGAAGGUGAUCCUGGAAGAUGUUUCCAUGCUCCAGAUCCAUCCAGACCAGUUCACGUACACCAGCGACCAUUUUGCCACCAUAAUGCGAUUUGGUGAACAGCUGCUUGCCGAGGGCAAGGCCUACAUCGACAACACGCCUCCUGAGCAGAUGAAGCAGGAGAGAGAGCAGCGCACAGAGUCCAAAUGCAGAAAUAACACGGUGGAGCAGAACAUGAAGAUGUGGGCGGAGAUGAAAGCUGGGACAGAGAGCGGUCAGACCUGCUGCAUGAGGGCCAAGAUUGACAUGAACUCAAACAACGGCUGCAUGAGAGACCCCACCCUCUACCGCUGCAAAACCACUCCACACCCUCGCACUGGAAACACCCACAAAGUCUACCCAACCUACGACUUUGCCUGUCCCAUUGUGGACAGUCUGGAGGGUGUGACCCAUGCUCUCAGGACUACUGAGUACCACGAUCGUGACGAGCAGUUCUACUGGAUCAUCGAGGCUCUGGGCCUGAGGAAGCCCUACAUCUGGGAGUAUGCGCGACUCAACCUCAACAACACAGUGCUGUCCAAGAGGAAGCUCACCUGGUUUGUCGACCAGGGAUACGUCGAUGGAUGGGAUGACCCUCGCUUCCCCACUGUCAGAGGAGUCCUGAGGAGAGGAAUGACCGUUGAGGGUCUGAAACAGUUCAUAGCAGCCCAGGGCGGAUCAAGGUCAGUGGUGAACAUGGAGUGGGACAAGAUCUGGGCCUUCAAUAAGAAGGUUAUUGACCCGGUGGCUCCCAGGUACACAGCUCUGUCCAGCUCCUAUGUGGUUCCUGUCUCUGUCUCAGAGGCUACAGAGGAGAUCAAGGAGGUGGCCAAACACCCUAAGAACACAGAGGUGGGCAUGAAGAAGGUUUGGUAUGGACCUCGAGUUCUGGUUGAAGGAGCUGAUGCUGAGACCUUCUCAGAGGGAGAGAUGGUCACCUUCAUCAACUGGGGCAACCUCAUCAUCACCAAGAUCAACAAAGGGGCAGAUGCUAAGGUUCAGUCCAUGGAGGCUCGUCUGAACCUGGAGAACAAGGACUUCAAGAAGACGACAAAGAUCACGUGGCUGGCUGACACAAACAGUGCCCCCCUGCUGCCCACCAUCUGCAUAACCUACCAGCCUCUCAUCUCCAAAGCCGUACUCACCAAAGAUGACGACUUCAAGGAGCACAUCAAUAAAAACAGCAAGUUGGAGGAGAAGAUGCUUGGAGACCCUUGUCUAAAGGACCUGAAGAAAGGUGACAUCAUCCAGCUCCAGAGGCGGGGCUUCUACGUCUGUGACCAGCCUUAUGAGCCUGUCAGCCCUAACAGCUGUAAGGAAAGUCCCUGUGUCCUGUUCUACAUUCCUGAUGGACACACCAAGGAGAUGCCCACUUCUGGAUCCAAGGACAAGAGCAAGGCAUCUAGCAACACACCUGCCACAACCUCUGCCAAGGCUGCCUCAACCUCUGCCAAGGCUGCCUCAACCUCAGCCGCAGCACCUGCCUCAACCUCAGCCGGUGACUUAUUCUCGAGCAUUGUAGCACAAGGUGAAGCUGUCCGUCAGCUUAAGGUUGCCAAGGCUCCUAAAGACGAAGUGGACAAGGCCGUUCAGCAGCUGCUUUCUCUGAAGGCACAGUUUAAGCAGCAGACAGGUAUGGACUACAAGCCUGGCAUGGCUCCUCCCACCUCAGCUCCAGCCCCGCCCACCACAUCAACAGACCCCGCCUCUUGUCCGUUUACCCGCGUUACCCAGCAGGGCGAGCUGGUUAGGAAACUAAAGUCAGAGAAGGCACCUAAGGUGCAGAUUGAUGUAGCUGUGAAGCAGCUCCUCGCUCUCAAGGAGGAGUUUAAAAAGCUGACUGGUCAGGAUUACAAACCUGGGAUGGCCCCUUCCACUCCUGCCUCCUCCUCUGUUCCUCCUGCGGCCACCCACUCUUCCUCCUCCUGCUCUUCUUCAGCCCUGUAUGAGCGUGUUUCACAACAGGGGGAAGUUGUGAGGAAACUGAAGUCUGAAAAAGCCCCGAAGGACCAGGUUGACGCAGCAGUGAAACAGCUGCUGGCCCUGAAGGCGGAAUAUAAACAGGUCACAGGCCAGGAGUACAAACCUGGAGCAGUCCCAGUCCAGAAAGCCCCCGUCCCAGUCCAGAAAGCCCCCGCCCCAGUCCAGAACAGCACCAGCCCUGCCCCUGCUGCCAUUGUCCUCUAUGAGAAGGUUGCUGAGCAGGGAGAAGUGGUCCGGAAACUGAAGGUUGAAAAGGCAUCCAAGGAUCAGGUAGAUGCUGCAGUGAAGCAGCUGUUGGCUCUAAAGGCGGAGUAUAAACAGCAGACCGGACAGGAUUACAAACCAGGAUUACAAGCCCCAGGUAGCCAUGUACAGAGCCAGUCCAGCUCUUCCUCAACCCAGUCCAGCUCUCCCCCGCAGGCCCAGGAACUGUUCUCACAGGUGGCCCAACAGGGAGAGCUAGUGAGAAAGCUGAAGUCCGAGAAGGCCUCCAAGGAACAGGUGGAUGAAGCCGUGAAGACUCUCCUGGACCUGAAGAACAAGUACAAGACGCUUACUGGACAGGAUUACAAACCAGUGGCCGCUGCUGGAGCCACCGGAGGAGAGGACAAAAACCGCAAGGAGAGGGAGAACAAGUCUGAGAAACAGGGAGGAGGAGGACCAGGAGCAGGGAAGAAGGCUAAAGGAGACAAAGCCAGCCAGGGCAAGGAAUCCUCUGGAGGGGCAGGGGGCCCAGGAGAUGGUCAAGGACCUAAGAAGCAAACACGGUUGGGCCUGGAGGCCAAGAAAGAGGAGAACCUGGCUGACUGGUACUCUCAGGUCAUCACUAAGGCCGAGAUGAUUGAGUACUAUGAUGUUAGUGGCUGCUAUGUGCUGCGGCCCUGGUCCUUCGCCAUCUGGGAGGCCAUUAAAGACUUCUUUGACCGGGAGAUUAAGAAAAUGGGUGUGGAGAACUGCUACUUCCCCAUGUUCGUCUCUCAGGCCGCCCUGGAGAAGGAAAAAACCCACAUUGAAGACUUUGCUCCAGAGGUUGCCUGGGUAACCCGGUCAGGAAAGACUGAGCUGGCAGAGCCCAUCGCUGUCAGACCCACCAGUGAGACAGUGAUGUACCCCGCCUACGCUAAAUGGGUCCAGUCCCACAGAGACCUGCCGAUCAAACUCAACCAGUGGUGUAAUGUCGUGAGAUGGGAGUUCAAACACCCCCAGCCCUUCCUGAGGACAAGAGAGUUCCUGUGGCAGGAGGGACAUACAGCCUUUGCCAGCAAAGAGGAGGCAGCUGAGGAGGUGCUUCAGAUUCUGGAUCUGUACGCCAGGGUGUAUGAAGAGCUGAUGGCGAUCCCUGUGGUGAAGGGGAGGAAGACGGAGAAGGAGAAGUUUGCAGGAGGAGAUUACACCACUACUGUGGAGGCAUUCAUCUCUGCCAGUGGCCGAGCCAUUCAGGGUGCUACAUCUCACCAUCUUGGUCAGAACUUCGCCAAGAUGUUUGAGAUCAUGUUUGAGGAUCCGAAGAGGCCGGGUGAGAAACAGCUGGCCUUCCAGAACUCCUGGGGAAUCACAACCAGGACCAUCGGCGUCCUCACCAUGGUCCACGGAGACAACAUGGGUCUCGUACUGCCUCCCAGGGUGGCCUGUCUGCAGGUUGUCAUCAUCCCAUGUGGGAUCACUGCCACCCUGCCAGAGGAGGAGAAGGAGGCAGUGUUGACCCAGUGCUCUAAAUACAUGAGCAGGCUGCUGGAUGCUGGCAUCAGGGUGAAGACUGACCGCCGAGACAACUACUCCCCAGGGUGGAAGUUCAACCACUGGGAACUCAAGGGAGUUCCUAUCCGUCUAGAAGUGGGCCCUAAAGAUAUGAAGCAGAGUCAGUGUGUCGCAGUGAGGAGAGACUCGGGCGCAAAGUUGACAAUUCCAGAGGCUGAGGUGGAGAAGAAGCUGGUCGCCAUGUUGGAGGACAUCCAGAACUCUCUGUUCAAGAAAGCUUCAGAUGACCUGAAGAGAAACAUGGUGCCUGCAGACACGAUGGAACAGUUCCAGAAAGAGUUGGACCAGGGCAAGAUUGUCCAGAUCCCAUUCUGUGGAGGAAUUGAGUGCGAGGAUUGGAUCAAGAAAACCACUGCCAAGGACCAGGACCUGGAGCCUGGAGCUCCGUCCAUGGGAGCCAAGAGCCUCUGUAUUCCCUUCUCACCCCUGAAGACGCUGCAGCCUGGUCAGAUGUGUGUCAGCGGCAAGGAGCCUGCCCAGUACUACACCCUGUUUGGACGCAGCUACUGAACAUCUGCUCUGCUGGAGCACCAGGAUGGACAUAGUAGUCGAAAGGGCUUUCCUAUCUUCUCUCAUCUAUAUUCUGUACCUGAUCUCUUUUCAGUGUAUAGGGUAACAGGGAUAUGAGGUGACUGGACUGUGGUAUUUAGGAUGGGAAUAUUUUGUUUGUUUUUUAACAUAUGUUAACAUUGUUAUAAUGCAUCUGGAAGGAAGUGGAGGUGAGAGAAACUAUUUACUUUUUAGAAUUCAUUAUGAGGAAAAAAAUGGUUGUUGCGCUGCUUCCCUCCUACAUGGCUGAUUACUCUCUAAAGACCACGUUAAAAGAACACCAGUGGUUUGUAUUGGAAUGGGAAGAACCACCAGGACACCAGGCAAAUAUUAAAUCUUUCCUAUCUUUUCAGAAGUGAUAUUUUUUUUUUAUAACUCCCUACUUAACACUGUCAAGACAAACAUUCUGAUUAAGUUUGUUUUAAAGUUUCUGUCAACACAGAAUUUAAUGGGGGUUUUCACCUUUUUGAAAUUUGGAAAAACUUAAGAAAAAAGAAAUACUGCUGAAAGAAAUUCCUGAGAAACAUACUAUCGACUGCUGUCUGGAGAAAAGUACUCUUUGCCUGCCAACAGUCCCAUCUCUUGCAGCCAAACAGUCUCAGGAACUCUGCAGGUACUCAGGCUUGUAGCUGGGGUAUUAUUCUCACAGCUUUAUCAGCCCUUCUCUCUCUAUAUGACUGGUUACGGAGUGUGGCUCAUCAUACACAGCUUAAUAUAAACUUCUCAGAUCACCCAAAACCAAAUAACAUAAAGCUGUGAGGAACUGUUUAUGGUUAAUAGUCAGUAAUGUAGUCUUCUGUCACUACUCUCCCGUUAAACAUGUCUACAACUUGUCUGUAAUAAAGUAAUUUCCAUGGCAAA